AAGCAAUGGAACCAGCAACGACAAAACUUUAUAUUCACUGCGGUCUAACCUUCGCGAGCGAUCUCUCCAGGAUCAUCACGUGUCCCUCCCUGUCUUUGUCCUCACAGGAAGACCUCGUCUCGUACACGAUUUGACAGGUGACAAAAUUCAAAGCAAAACGUAGCUUCAGGUCCUAAAGCCUUACGUCAUCGACGCAUUUGACGUGUAUCAAUGCUCGUUUCUGAGCCAGCGUGUUGUGUGCAUUGCUGAAGCUAGCUGUUAUCAUCUUCGCGACUGCUUUGCUGCCCAAAAAAAGAACGCUCUCGCAUCCAGCGUGGAGCCUCUACCCGGUGCGUUUUAAUCUAGCCAGCUGCUCACCAAUCUAAGAGAGAUAAAGCAGACGCAAGAGGGGUAUUUUCCUCAGAGCCUAAUCCUUCAGACACCCGCCAUCGCUUUCUGUCCGCGUUGUAGCACACAGCGUUUUGCUGGGUUUUGCUUCAGCCAAAGCUCGGCCAAGGACCAACCGCAAACAGCCAUCUGACCGGCGACCAUGUCGACAACGAUCGCAGGUACGUUGGCGGCGCAUCCUGUAUUUGCCGAGUUUCCGGCCAGGAACUUCGUCACGGCGUCGGGCGUGGCCAUAUUCCACGUGAAGACGGCGAGGGUCGUUUUAUGCUACCACACGCGCGACAAGUAUUGGUUCUUGCCCAAGGGCAGGCGUGAUGCCGGCGAGUCUUCGACGCGGGCGGCAGAGCGCGAAGGGUUCGAAGAGUCAGGCUAUCGAAAUCGGCUUCUUCCGCUCCCAAUUCAGCACCGGCAGCCCCAGGCUGCGGCAACGGACCCGGUCUACAACGUGAUAGAGCCAGUCUGGACGUCGCUUCUGCCACAGUCGCGGAGAACGCAGUAUCUUCUGCAUUGGUACAUCGCAGAAACCUUGCCGCCGGCACUGGAAGCUAGCAUGGGCCCGCCACCAGCAUCACGCGAGUACCAAGAGCCUCCUGCGUAUCCGCAAGAGCUCCUGCUUCGCGAAAGGAUCGACGCAGAACCGCCUGGUUACGAGCCCGUGAAGUACGAGAACACAGGCGUGGACUCUGAGGAAGCAUUGUACGCCAGCGAACUUGUGCCCGUUCAAGAGGCCAUUUCAAAGCUUGGACGUAGUUCCAUGGCGGAAGUAGUGCUCAUCGGUUGGGACAGGAUACAGGCAAGAUUACUUGCAGAAGGUCGCUCGACUUCCUCCUAUGAUGCGAAGACGUGAAUCUAAGCGUUUCCCGACAUGCCUCUAUCGGAACAAUGAAAAAUAAACAUCAAAUUGCAGGGUCAUGCCCUCUCAUGACUUUUUGCACGAUUCGAGGUGGUGAGUUAUGCCUGAUGUGUUACAGGACUUUUACACUGGACGAUGUCCUUCCAAGUUUGCCCCCAUUGAGCUGUCGUCCAGAAUGCACAAGAACCCGACCUCUCAAUUUCGCUCGAGUUCACCCGAGACAGCCAGAAUCUCACGGGACUUUCGCCUUGUUCUUGUCCAGGAUGCACAAUGCGCUCCAGUCCCGGAAAUGGUUGAAAGCUUCAUCGCUUACCCGGGCUUGAACUCCACAAGAAGUGGACGGUUGCGUCCAUAGUUCAUGACGCUAUUGACGUCGACCCACGACUGCUUUGGCGGUUUUGGACUGUAGGGAAAGAUCAGAGAAGGUCGAGGGCGCGUUACGCGGAGCUGGGAUGUGUGCGCCUGACUCUGUGUGAGAACGACGUAGAGGAGUAUUUGGACGGCUUAUAAAAGGAUUGAGAGAAGCAGACCCAGCGCUGGAAAGUGAAGUGGACGCGCGAAUGCGUGACUGCUAGGAAGUUUGAGGAUGGGCUGCGGAGGCGAGCCGCACAUGAACAAACAUAUCCUGCGUUACAUAAACGGGUUGCGCUUUCAGUAAUCUCGGGCUGAGUGGUCAAGAAUGCGAGCAGGACCACUCUCGACGAGUGAUGACUUCUUCCCGUCCGUGCUGGACGAUUGAGUAGAUCACGUAGUGCUGCUGGGCUCAUUCCUCCGUUAAAAAAAAAGGUCACAAACUCACACAUAUCACGCACAUGUUCACUUGUACUUUCUUUGCCAGGCUAGAACCUCAUGCUAUUGAUGUCAAGAGUUACAGAGAGAAGCGAAGGAAAGGAGAAAGAUGCAGGAAGAAGCAAUCGGCGUCCGGACCCAGCCAAAGCCAGAAAUACGCCUCCCAGCGCAGAGCCGCCCAGAUCUAGUCAAAUACACCCAAGCCAAA